GAGGACACUUACCGGUACGCUGCCAGCUUCGUUUAAAAUGGAGAGAGGAAGAUCCACUGCGCCGAGAAGGAGGGUGCUGCGUCCUCAGAGGUUCCGUGACGAAGAAGAUGUCGGCCAAGUCCACGGUUCCGGUGCGAAGAGGAAGGUAAAUUUCUCCCCUCUAGGUGGACGCUCCAACAGGCGACGCAGGAUGAUGGAGGCCAUCACUGGAGACGACGCCGCCAGCAGCCACGGACCGGAGGAAGAGUUCGGAGGAAGCGGGUCGGAAGAAGAUGGCGGCGGUAUGAAGAUGCAGGCAUCGCGAGACUCGGAUGACGUCAUCGCACCGGAAGGAGAAACCGAGAGGAGGAGGAGAGUUGGAUCCAAUGGAGAAAGGAGAGAGAGCAGAAGGGAGAGGAGGAAGCAGGACCUUCAAGACGGCAGGAAGGAAGGGAGAGGGCUUCAUCCAGUACAGAAGGGCAGUCUUCACAGAACGGCGACAGGACCAAGGUGCCUACACGGAAGACUACUAUGGCUCGUGACCCCCUCUUAGAAGAAUUGUGUGAAAGGGCAGUAUCCGAAAAGACUCUUUCCAGCUACAAAAGGGCCUGGAAGAGAUGGCAGAUAUUCUGCAGAAGCGGUAAGAGCAAUCAAGGCACUAAGGAUUUGGUGUCAUUUUUAAUGGUCCUGUACAGAGAAGGAAAGUCAAGAGCAGGAGCCAGCAACGCAUUAGCCGCAAUUUCUCAUUUUUCCAUAGUAAAGGGUAGAGCAGAUAUCACACAUGAUCCAUUAGUUAGGAAAAUAAUGAAGGGAUGGGCAAGAGUUGAAGGCCCCAGGGUCGAUAAGCGAGAACCCAUAAUUGAAUGCAGACUAAAAAUGAUUCUGAACUCUCUUGAGGAGGUGUGUUCAGACCAAUUUGAAUGUAUUUUGUUUAGAGCAGCCUUCGCUCUGGCUUUCGGAGGAGCAUUUAGGAUAAGUGAAUUGGUCCCCCCAUCCAAGAAGGUAACAGAUAAAGGUUUAAUGUAUAGCCAGGUUUUAUUACAGGACAGGAAGUUGUUAGUUUACAUCAGUAGAUCAAAAACAGAUCAGUUGGGUAAGGGCAGAUGGUUCAGUAUAGAAAAAACUUAGAGAAUAACAUGCCCGGUCAAGGCCUUGCAGGAUUACAUAGGGAUGCGCCCAGCAGGGGGGCACCUUUUGUUAAUUCACAGGGACUUAUCCCCCAUGUCAGCAUUUCAAUUUAGGCAAGUGCUCAAAAAGGCAGUCAUUGCGAACGGAUGGGAUCCUAAAAAAUUUGGAUCACAUUCAUUCAGGAUAGGGGCAGCAACAGAAGCAGCAAUGAGGGGAGAAACAGAGGAUAGGAUAAAAGGGAUUGGGAGGUGGAAAUCAAAAGCAUACAAAAAAUACAUACGCCCCAUAAAUGUAACACAGUAGUAAUCCUACAAUUUUUAACCUACCCCCCCCCCCUUUUUUCUUUGGUUUGUUGCUGCAGGGGGAAAAGCUACCUGCAACAUUUUGAUCAUAGGCCACUCCUUUAUUUUUUGGGCAAGACAGCAUGCAGCAGGCAAGCAGUUGGGGUUACCGGAGGAACACAUGAAGAUUACAUGGCAGGGGUGGAGAGGCAUGAAGUGGGAACAAAUGAGAGGCCGGUUGUAUAGUUCAAUACAGAAGUUCAAGUUCAUAAACCUGGUGAUAGUACAUGCUGGGGGAAAUGACGUUACGUCAAUCAAAACCCCAGCGUUGAUAGAAAGCAUGAGAAAGGACUUGGAGGAUUUAAUGUCCAGCAACAAGAUAGGGGGAGUGGCUUGGUCAGACAUCAUACAGAGAGGAGAAUGGCGAGGAGCAGUUCCCCCCCAGGGCAUUGAAAGAGCCAGGAAAAAAAGUAAACCGGGCCAUGCACAAGAUCAUGUGUUCCUCAGGUAACGGGGUAAUUAGACAUGACAAUAUAAGGUACCGACAAACACAGCUUUUUAGAAAGGAUAAAGUACAUUUGACAGAGGAAGGUUUGGAUUUGUUCUGGGCAAACUUCAGGAAUUAUAUAGAAGAAUGGUGGAGGUCGCAGGAGGUCUAGGUGGGCCAUGGAAAAGGAUAGGUGGCACCCUUCCCUUCUUUUCCAUUGGGUGGCAUCAGUGCGGCUCCAGGAAGAUGGAUGGUUUUUUCAGUGAAGUGCAGGCCUACCCUCGGAAAGUCGCGAGUGUGGAGCAGACUUUGACUGCACGGUCUUGUCUGUGUCAUGCGAGAGGCUGGGUUAGCGCCAUUAUUGCACAUGAUAGGGAGCAGGGGGAUGGGCUACUGGUUGGUCAACAGCGGGCGCUCUGCCCCAUGAUCCCUGCUCUCUAAAAUAACUGUUUGGUACGGUGUGGGCACCAGGCCCACGUUCUUGGCGAUUAUAGGAGCCGCAGCUGGUGGUCAGGGUGUACCUAGUCCUUGGCACAUAUAUAUAUAACUUUGUUAAUAAAAUACGUGACCUCCACAGAUUUUGCCACCUUAA